AUGGAGGCCUCUAAACUUGGAUUUGGUGUGGUUAUCGGAAGGUCUGAUAAUGGUUUGGAUAGAAGAUGCGUUUUUGUGACAAUGACGUGCGAAAGAAUAGGGACAUAUAAAACUCCUCUUCAAAAUUUUAAAAGAGACAGCACUAGUUCUAAAAAACGUGAUUGUCCGUUUAAGGUGCGUGGUUACAUGUUGGCAAACAAAAACCGGAGAUUUAAUGUGAUAAGUGGUUUGCAUAACCCUGAUGUGUGUGAAAAAUUAGUCGGUCAUCCUAGUGUGUGUCGGCUCAUGCCGGAAGAGAAGGAAUGUGUUGCUGACAUGAUCUUGAAUCUAGUUCAACCGAAAAAUAUACUUGCAGCAUUGAAACGGAAACGACCCAAAAAUAUAUCAAAUUUCAAGCAAAUGUAUAAUAUUCGACACCUAACUAACAGGGCGCUUAGGGGGGAUAGAAUCGAGAUGGAACAACUCUUGAAAUUGUUGGAUGAUAACAGUUACGUGUCUAGGUACCGAACGUGCGAGGAUGAAGUUACUGUUAGAGAUAUAUUUUGGACUCAUCUUGAUUCCAUAAAGUUGUUCAACACGUUUUCUACGGUGCUCAUACUUGAUUCAACCUACAAGAUCAACAAGUAUAGAUUUCCAUCAUUGGAGAUCGUUGGUGUUACCUCAAUUGAGAAGACAUAUUUUGUUGGUUUUGCAAUUCUUGAGUGUGAAAAAAGGACAAAUUUUACUUGGGUCUUAGAGGUGUGUCGGACACUAUUGAAGGACCAAAGUGAGAUGCCUAAAGCGAUUGUUACCAACUGCGAUACUGCAUUGAUGAACUUGGUUGCAAAUGUAUUUCCUUCUUCUAAUGCAUUACUUUUUAGGAAAGUGUGUGGAAACUAUCCAGAUUUGUUGAAAUAUGUUGAAAGCACAAUUCUUGACCAGUUAGUCGGUAACAUUUCUCGGGCGAGUUUGAACUAUAUUUUUCACGAGGCUAAACGAGCUGAUAAUGUAGGCUCUGAUAGCGCAAAGUGUGGAUACACAAUUGUGAAAACCUAUGGUCUCUCAUGUGCUUGUGUUAUUGCUAAAAAGGUGAAACUUGGUGACCCAAUAAAAAUGGACGAGGUUUACACUCAUUGGAAGAGACUUAGGUUUGAUGAUGAUGGUGUCAUGAAUGACGGUAAAUCGAAUAUCUCUAAUUUGACCAAAUGGAAAGUGAUACAAGAGAGAUUUUUGAAAGUCAGUGACAACAUGAAACUCCACAUCAAAGAACAAUUGAGGAAGAUUGUUUAUCCAAAAACCACCGACAUGAAACCACCAUCUCAACCGAUAAAAACAAAAAGUGCUCUGAAGAAAAUGAAGCUUACACCAAAUGACAAUUUGAGUACACUGUCUCCUUCAUAUUUUGAACAUGUUAACAAAGUUUUUCCCGACUCACCAACUCCAAAAAAUCUCAAAAAAGUGAUGUCACGCCACCUCCGCUAA